AUGCUGCCCGGCCCGCUCGAGGACGACGAGCGCUUCAAGGGGCACGACGGCAGCGCGGCACGCGUGGCGGCGCUCUACCUGCGGCGGAUGACGCGGCUGCGGCACAUGGACUUUGACCAGGCUCUCUGGCAGAUGCUGUGCCUCUGCUCGGACCCGCGGCGCGUGUACAGGUCGGCGACGUACCACCGCGGUACCAAGCACCAGUGGGCGCGCGACGACCCCGCCUUUGUCGUCCUCAUCGCCUAUCUGCUCCUCGUGUCGACCGCGGCGUGGUGCAUCGGCUUUGGACGCGGCUCGCCGCUCUCCGUCCUGUCGCUCGCGCUGUACGUGCUGCUCGUCGACUUUGUGGUCCUUGGCGCCGCGCUCUCCACCCUCGCGUGGACCGUCGCCAACACCUACCUGCUCCUCCCGUCGGGCGGCCGCGGCGGGCGGAGCGGCGGCAGCGGCGGCGGCGACGAGCGCGUGGAGUGGCUGUACGCAUUCGACGUACACUGCAACGGCCUCUUCGUCCUCUCGCUGCUGCUCCACGUCCUCCAGUACCUCCUCUUGCCGCUGCUGCUCCGGAGGGGCUUCUGGCCCGCGCUGCUCUCAAACACGCUGCCCACCACCGCCUGGCCACGAGCCACUCCCACGCUGAUGCUGCCCGGCCCGCUCGAGGACGACGAGCGCUUCAAGGGGCACGACGGCAGCGCGGCACGCGUGGCGGCGCUCUACCUGCGGCGGAUGACGCGGCUGCGGCACAUGGACUUUGACCAGGCUCUCUGGCAGAUGCUGUGCCUCUGCUCGGACCCGCGGCGCGUGUACAGGUCGGCGACGUACCACCGCGGUACCAAGCACCAGUGGGCGCGCGACGACCCCGCCUUUGUCGUCCUCAUCGCCUAUCUGCUCCUCGUGUCGACCGCGGCGUGGUAUGCUGCCGCCCUCAGCGCCUACUGCUACCUCACCUUUCUCGGCUACAACGAGCUCCCCUUCCUCCGAUCCACCGAGGUCUUUGUUUUCCCCGUCGUCGCUAUCGGCGGCGCUUACCUCGUCUCCGUCGUACUGGCGGCCACCUCUGGCUUCUCGUGCACGUGGCUGGUGGCGUCCAUCUACUUUACGGAUGCAGAGGUGGCGACCACGUGGGGCGUAUAG